AUGAGUCAUUAUGUGUCUAACCAUCGUCUAUCAGAAUCAAAUAUGUCAUUUGUGAAUCAAUUAUCUACUGUAUCUAUUCCUAAUAGUGUGCAGGAAGCCUUAUCUGAUCCAAAAUGGAAAGUUGUUAUGAAUGAGGAAAUGAAAUCGUUACAGAAGAAUGAGAAUUGGGAACUUGUUGAUCGUCCCGUUCACACGGAAAAAAGACUAUUGGAUGUCGAUAGAAGAAAAGAAGGCAUUGCAAAAGUACUUAUCAGAGAAUUCGAGAUGAAGGACCCAGGUUCUUUGAAAUAUUUUCUCAGAAUUGAAGUGUCUCAAUCUAACAGAGGUAUCUUUCUAUCACAAAGAAAGUAUGCCUUGGAUGUGUUGCAGGAAACUGGUAUGUCAGCAUGUCAACCAACUGAUACACCAAUCGAAGAAGGCUUGAAAUUAGGAGUCGAGACUGAUCAAGUACCAGUUGACAAAGGGAGAUACUAG